AUGUCGCAGCAGGAUCCGGCUGCGGCCGGGGAGGAGCUGCCGGGGGGCCUCUCGCGGAGCAGCUCCGCCAGCCGGCUCAACGCGCAGGCGCCGGAGUUCGUGCCGCGUGUCGCGGCGCCGCCGCCCCCGCCGGUGCAGCCCGUGAUCCACGUCUUCGCCGCGCCGCCCCCGCCGCCGCCCGCGUCCUUCUUCGCCGCGGGCCCGCCCCCGCCCCCGCCCCGGCCGCCGUUCGAGUUUUACGCGGCGGUCGGUGCUGCUGGCCCGGGCUUCGUUGCCGUGCCCGAGCAUGAGAUGGGGCCCGAGCAAGCGGUGCCGCCGCCGCCACCGCCGGCCCAGGCACACCAGCAGGGGAGAGAGCUGACCACAGACGACGUGCUGCACAAGAUCACCAAGCAGGUGGAGUAUUACUUCAGUGAUAUAAACCUGGCCACUACAGAACAUUUGAUGAGGUUUAUUUCUAAGGAUCCUGAAGGAUAUGUACCGAUGUCAGUUGUUGCUUCCUUUAAGAAAAUUAAGGCUCUGGUGCAAAGUAGUUCCAUGCUUGCUUCAGCUCUUCGAACUUCAUCAAAGCUUGUGGUUAGUGAAGAUGGAAACAGAGUAAAGCGUGUACAGCCAUUUACAGAAGCAGAUUUAGAGGAACUACAGGCCCGAAUUGUUGUUGCAGAAAAUCUUCCAGAUGAUCAUUGUUACCAGAACCUUAUGAAGAUUUUCUCAUCUGUUGGCAGUGUAAAGACAAUCAGAACAUGCUAUCCUCAGACCCCAAAUGGCAGUGGUCCAGUUACUAAUAGAUCUGCUAAACUAGAUAUGCUUUUUGCCAACAAGCUGCAUGCUUUUGUUGAGUAUGAGACUAUUGAGGAUGCUGAAAAAGCGAUUGUGGUGCUUAAUGAUGAGAGGAACUGGAGAAGCGGGCUUAGAGUUCGGUUGUUGAAUUCUUGCAUGGCUAAGGGAGGCAAAGGUAAGAAGGGUGGGCAUGAAACUGAUGUACAUGGUGAGGAGGAUGUUUCCACUUCUGAUCAACCAAAUGAUAAACAUUCAGAAGAAACAUCUCAACCAUCAGAUGCAAUAGGAGAGCAUGUUUCCGAGGAGAGCACUGGAGAUGCAGGCCGUGGGCGUGGCAGAGGCCGAGGGCGUGGAGGUAGAGGCAGAGGGCGUGGCUACCAUAACAACCAUAACAACAAUCAAUACCACCAUAACAACCAUCCGCAGCAGCAGCACCACCACCAAAACAGCAACAAUCAAGGUAACAACAACCGGAGUGGCGCCCAUCCUGUCGGAACCCCGCCUUCCAGCCACCCAGUGAAGGCCGAGCAACAGCAGACACAGUCAUCGCCUCCCGCAGGAGCGAACAAACAGCUUCCAGGGCCGCGUAUGCCAGACGGCACCCGUGGGUUCUCAAUGGGCAGAGGAAUGCCGCAAACAUCGUCGCCCAGCAUAUCGACUAGUGAACCUUGA